GAGCGCUGAGAAGUUUCUGCUAUCCAGAACGACAUGAUGGACUUGAUAAUGUGCAAUUUCGCAUUGUAGCCGCCGGAAUCUUCCGCUAGCUCUGUCUGCUUGGGCCACCGCGCUGGUAGCUGUGGGCGAAUCCCAUUUCAGGAAUAAUGGAGUUCAUAAGGAACAUGAGAGUGAAGAUGAAGGGAGCGAAAAUGGGGGGAAGAAGUGGAGCACCGCUCUGGAAGACAAGACAUUCAGAUGUGGACUGUCUAUCCAGAAACCUAAGAUGAUGGCUUUGGAUCAAACCCUGAGACAGUACAAGAACCCUGAGCGCUGAGAAGUUUCUGCUAUCCAGAACGACAUGAUGGACUUGAUAAUGUGCAAUUUCGCAUUGUAGUUGCCGGAAUGUUCCGCUAGCUCUGUCUGCUUGGGCCACCGCGCUGGUAGCUGUGGGCGAAUCCCAUUUCAGGAAUAAUGGAGUUCAUAAGGAACAUGAGAGUGAAGAUGAAGGGAGCGAAAAUGGGGGGAAGAAGUGGAGCAUCGCUCUGGAAGACAAGACAUUCAGAUGUGGACUGUCUAUCCAGAAACCUAAGAUGAUGGCUCUGGAUCAAACCCUGAGACAGUACAAGGAGGAAUCAGAACAUAGCGGCUUAUUUCCAUUUCCCUAUUUAUGAAGAAGCCUUCAAAUGCUGCAGUCACAUUUCCCCUGCGGUGCCCGCACAGGGAGUUGUAAAUGGUUGUUUCAUGUAUUUCUAUAUAAAUGAUGUAUAUGUAAACUGGUAUGAGAAAUAUUUAAAAGACCAUUUUCGACUCACUGUACGGCCACAGGAGGGGAAAUGUGACUGCCAUAAGGAGUAUCCAGACUUCAUCACACCAUCACUGAACCAAUCGAUUUGGAGACUAUCGAAAGCAACAUCAAGAAUGACAAGCAUCAAUCUUAGGGAGCUUUGAUGAAGGAUCCGGACGUUUCCCGUCAUUACAGCAAGGAAGGCUCUACGGUCUAUGAGGAUGCUGAUCUGUUUGGAAGUACUUCUGAAAGACGAGUGAUGAAAUUAGUCUGUCUUCAAAGUUCAGGGCCAGUCGGCGGUGGUUUUGGUACGCCUAAAUCACUUGGACAGAAGAGGACCCCAGUGAAACGAUCUCCAGCCAAGACGUUGAGUGCUCUAUCCCAGAAACUGGAUGAGCUUUUAAAUGCUAUUAAGAGCCACACUGAUCAACAUGGAAGAGAGCUUUCACCUUCAUUUUUCAGACUCCCAUCUAAGAAUGAACACCCGGAAUACUAUCGGGUGAUCAAGUGCUCUAUGGACAGGCAACAUAUCCAACAGAAGAUCUGGAGGCUGUGAGCAACUAGAAGAUAUGGUCUAUGAUUUCAUUCUUAUGUGUGACAAUGCAUACAAGUUCAGUUAACCAGGCUCACUUAUUUACAAGAACUGGGCAGUACCUACAAGCUCAACAAAGAUCAUUGAUCGUGAUGAACCAUUAUCCACAGUGAGAGUGGAAGCAGUGUUUGCUGGAUUACCACAAGAUAUUCUCCUGAUAGAUUUGGUUCAUCAGUAAACAUACCAGCAUUUGACAAGGAAAGUGGGGAUGUAUUACAAGAAGGAGCUGGUGAUGGAUUUCUGGUGUACUAUGAACAGAUCUGAUGGAAUGGAGUAUGGUAUAAACUAGGUGAUGCUGUCUACAUCAAGACUAUCAAAGGAAGACCUCAUAUCUGCAGGAUAGAUACAAGAUAUGGAUGAUUGCAAGUGGUGAGACCUUCUUCUUUGGAACUGUGUUCAUUCGUCCAUCUGAGACUGUUCAUCCUCCUACCAAGAUGUUUUAUCAGAGUGAAGUGUUCCUAAGCUGUGUGGGGGAAUCUUCUGGCAUGGAUCAUACCUUUGGAAAACGUUCUUUUAUGCUCUCUAAAGACUACAUCUCCAAAAGUCAAUAGGGGCCUAAGCUUUCCAUCCUAGCAGAAUCUUCGUCGGAGGCAAAAUGACAAACAUAUAAAGUGGAACAGCCAUAAUAUAGACCACAGACAAGCUACAGCAACACUAGAAACAAGGAGACAAAAGGGGCAUUAGUGAGUAGAGAAGACCAAUCAGUCACACCACCCAGUAACAAUGUGGAUCCAACCCUUAUCUACCGUUAACCAUCUUCUAGGCAUAAGAGCUAGUCUACCAGAGACAGGGACAUGACACCAAUCUUGAAAUCAUCAUAGCUAUGGAAUGUCUGGUAACAUCUAUUAGUAUUUGUGUGAGGUAUGGGUUGCCCAUCGGAGUAGCAUUUGAGACAUGGGCACAAUACCUGCUAGAAGACUUCUCGGUUUGGUGGUACUCUUAUCGUGAUAUUUUACAAAUCUUGAUGAAUAGCUGACCUGGGGAGCGUUUCAUGAAAGGACUUGUCAGACGUUUUAUACGACAAGUCCCAUUUUAUCCGACAGUUACUAUAGUAACAGUGCCUCUCAGCCAAUCAGAAUCGACGAAAGAUGUCAGAUCUGACAACUUGUCGGACAAAAAUGUUGAUGAAACGCUCCCCAGUUGGCUUAUAAACCAUUCCUGAAUAACUUAAAGGAUUGCAAUUAUGGUUGAAUUACCAGCUAAAUAAUUGAUCGGACAAAGUUAGAAUACCCUUUUUUUGUUUAGUUUAAGGUCUCUUGUCGCACAAAUGUUUUGCAAUCAAUUACUAAUUGCAAUGGCCAAUGAAGGUCAUUGCAGCAUGCACGAGGAACCAAUCAGAAUAGUUGUUUUGUAUUUGCAAUCCAUUUCAAAGUUUUGUGUUACAGAACCCAGGUGACUAGAGGAGCAAACGCCAUUUUUGAGAAAUCAAAUUCAGGUUUUGUAUUUAAUAUCAGAGAUUUCUGUCAUGUAAUUCAAAUUCAAUGAAGGAAAUGUCAGUGUAAACUAAAUGUCAAGUUUUCCAAAGCAUUUCAGUAUCAAUCUAAGGAGCAGGUCCAAGCUAUCAUUUGUUUUCUGAUUUUUAUGCCUAAGAAGAUGGGGUUGGUUGGGGCUGAUUCCGCCCCCCUUAUUUUUCGGCUGUUGUCCAUGGCAUGCACCUUAUCCCUUGCAUAAUCUCCAAAACAUUCAAGUCAUAUUCUCUCAAAAACUUAUGCGUAAAAUUAAAAGAAUAAUGCUACUUUAUGCGUAAAAUCACAAUUUUGCUUGAAUUAAUUAUUAUUCACGCUUCUUGCAGGAUUUUCAUCAAAUGUACUUCCCAAAAAAAUGUUGCUAUCACAAUUUCAUUCCUUUGUAUUUUAAUGUUUUUCAAUGGAAAUAUGUUCAUAAAUAAAAUGAAAUUACUUGAGUAUAUUCAAGAAAAGUAGAUUGAUACAUUCAUGACUUUUGUCUAAAAAUGCUAUCUAUAUUACAAUUGUACACAAAUUCAUGUUUUUGAGAAAUUUUGUGUCAAGCAUGCAUGUUGCAUAAAAUGUUGCAUAAUUUCGGAACGGCGCACUCGGGAUAGGGGGUUCAAAUUUGGUCUCAAAGUUACGUGAGGCUUGAAUGAACAAGUAAUAGAAAAAUGCAGUGCUGGCUUUUCAUGUUCCAGAUUUAUCACAAAAGAUGCUGAGGGGAAGGCGUGUCCCCCCCCCCCCCCCAUCUUAUUAGGCUUAAGGUAUCUUAUUCAUACUUAGUAUUGUAAGUCUAAGGCUUCAAUAGAAAUAAGAUGGUGCAGUAAUUAGGCCAUGUAAAAUAUUUGUAGAAUUAACUUUGUAACUUUAUCGUAAUGAAGUUUGUAUUUGUCCUUAUAUUGUGCUGACUAUUCUGCAAAAGUGGAUCCAAAGGUUUUCCAGAGUUUUUCCAUAAUGAGUUUUACCUCUGGUUUUUUACCCUGGACCUACUUGUCGUAGAAUUGGUUUGCACCCCCCCCCCCCAAUUUUUUUUUUUUU